AUGGAGACCUUCACUGCGGACAAGACUAUGUUAAUGCACCUGAUCCUGCUGACCCUGGUGAUUGGGAGCAGCUGGGGGUGCUACUGUGAACGUUACCCAUGGGGGUCGUGGUCUGCCUGUUCACAAACCUGCAAUUAUGGCACACAGACCAGGCACAGGCAAAUAAGAAUGGAUGAAUAUUAUAGCCAAAACUUCUGUGACCGGCUGUGCACAAAGCAGGAAUCUCGUGCAUGUAACCAGCAAACAUGUCCUAUCAACUGUCGGCUUGGAGACUUUGGCCCUUGGUCAGAAUGUGACCCAUGCGUUAAAAAACAAUUUCGUGUCCGGACACUCCUGGGACCAUCCCAGUUUGGGGGUCAGGCCUGUACUGAGCCGCUGGUGGAUUCCCGCCCAUGCUUCCCAUCUAAGCUCUGCAACAUAGUGGAAGUUGGUUGCAAGAAUAAAUUUCAAUGUGAAAGCGGUCGCUGUAUUGCAAAAAAAUUGGAAUGUAAUGGAGAAAAUGACUGUGGGGACAACUCUGAUGAAAGAAAUUGUGGGAGGAAAAAGACCGUGUGUAACAGAAAGUAUGAGAGCAUCCCAGGUGUGCAGUUAAUAGGCAGUGGAUUUCACAUUCUGGCAGGAGAGAGCCGAGGGGAAGUCCUUGGCAACUCAUUCAAUGGAGGACAAUGCACAACAGUGAAGCGCAAUGAGACAAGGAAAUCGUAUCGUGUUCCUGCGAACCUGGAGGCUGUCAGCUUUCAGGUAAUAGAUGAAGAGGAUGAUGUAACAUCAGAUUUCUAUAAUGAUUUAACUAGCCUGAGUGAUAGUGUUCAUGGAAGUAGUUCAUCCAUUCAUGGUGCCCGAAGAUCUUCUGGUAUAACAUUUUUAUUUUCAAGAAAGACACGGGUUAAAGUCACAUCAUCUUCCUCCUUCAAGAAAGCCAUUGAAGCCUCAUAUGAAAAGAAUUCCAAUUUUAUUAGAGUCCAUAAAGUAAUUUCUGUUGCAAACUUCACAAUGAAACAGUCAGAUCUGCAGCUCUCGGACGUCUUUCUAAAAGCACUUAACCACCUGCCCCUGGAGUACAACUACGCCUUAUACAGUAGAAUAUUUGAUGACUUUGGCACUCAUUAUUACACAUCUGGGAAGAUGGGUGGUUCCUAUGACAUUCUUUACCAGUACAGCUCCGAGGAACUGAAGAAUUCAGGCCUGGCAGUGGAUGAAUCAAAGGAGUGUGUCCAAACAGAAACAACAAGGCGUGUGUUGUUCCGGAAGAAAAAGAAAGUCAGUACCAGAUGCACUACAAACAGGAUGACUGUGAAACAUGAAGGUUCCAUUUUGGAAUCAGCUGAAAGGUCAGUCUCCAUGGUAAAAGGCGGCAGGUCAGAGUAUGCAGCAGCUCUGGCCUGGGAGAAAAAGGGGGUUUUUCCAGGACAUACAGUCUUCACCAACUGGCUGGAAUCAACAAAGGACAAUCCAGUGGUGAUUGACUUUGAGGUGUCACCCAUCGUGGAUUUGGUGAAGAAUGUGCCAUGUGCUGUGACCAAACGCCGCAACCUGUGGAGAGCCCUGAGAGAAUACGCGGGCAGGUUUGACCCUUGCCAGUGUGCCCCGUGCCCCAACAACGGCAGGCCUGUGCUUUCUGGGACAGAGUGCCUCUGCCUGUGCCAGGCUGGCACCUAUGGCAAAAACUGCGAGACGCAAGCUCCAGGUUACAAAUCAGGUAUUUGGGGUGAUAUUGUCAUG